AUGCCUUUCCAUGAUGAGAACUGGGAGGAGUGGCAGCGCGACUGCGACACCUUUCCAGCAUAUAGCGACUAUCUUCUUGGCCCAGAUCUACGCCUCGUAGUCACUCAAGAGCCUGGUCUGCAUCCUGUGCUCUAUCCAGCGCCAAUGCCACAACCGAUCCAGUAUACUCGCAACGUGCAAUCACGAUCUCAGAUACCUCGAGCACUGACUAGAUCUGACCUGGAAACGAAUACUCUUCCUGGAGGUCAAUAUGCAUUGCAUAGAAGGGAGUCCGGUGACCACCUCGGAAACGACAGUAGCAACAAGACGAGGACACUAAUCGAUCCGCCGAUUUUUCUGCAGCAUCCUCGCACUCUUCCAGAAGUCCAAGAACAAAGCCGACAGCAGGCCUGUAUACCAACUCAGAUGCAACUAGUAAGUUUACCUUUGCUAUCUUCCUCUAGUCCACAAGUGGUUGAAGACAAUCAUCCCUCACAAUUGGUAUCUCAAUCGGCAUGGCAGCCUCCAGUUUUGCCUCACACUGAGUUUUUCGUCCCUCAAGUCUCUAUUCAGCUGCGUAUGCGCAUCAAUAGUUACCUCCCUCAGGUCUGGAACUGUAUUCGAGUCACUGGAGAUAAAUCCGAGCCUAUAUCCGCCGAUGAUCUACAUAGACGGAAUCGUGCGCAGCAAUGGCUCACGUCAUUUAAGACGAAUCUGCCUGUUGAGGGUCGCCCCUAUGUUUCAUGGGUUCUCAGGUGGAUGUACAGCGAACAUGUUGCAGGAAGAGAUCCAUUGGUAUCUUUCGGGUAG